AUGCCAGGCUGCCUGUCAGAAGAUUGCCUGGGGACUCCCAUUGUCUACUCACCGGUCAAGGCAGACCUGAGUGGGAAUAUCAAGAAAAUCCGGGCGGUUUAUGACUCCAACCCCACCAAGUUCAAAACCCUGCAGAACAUCCUGGAGGUGGAGAAGGAGAUGCACGGCUCGGCCUGGCCCAAGACGGGAGCGACACUGGCCCUGAUGUGGCUGAAAAGGGGCCUGAAGUUCAUGCUGGUGUUGCUGCAGAGCAUCUCGGACGGCGAGCGGGACGAGGAGCAUCCCAACCUCAUCCGGGUGAACGCCGUGAAGGCCUAUGAGAUUGCCCUGAAGAAAUACCACGGCUGGAUGCUUCAGAAGCUCUUCAUGGGCUCAGUCUAUGCUCUUCCCUACAAGUCAGACUUGCUGAAGGCGUUAGAGAAGGGUAAGGAAGUCAAAGAGGAGGAAAGCAUAGAGAAGAUUCAUCAGUUUCUCUUGAAGGCCACCCCCAUCCUGGAUGCAAUCUAUGAGAUGUACACAAAGAUGAACGCUGAGCUGAGCUACAAAGCCUAAAGCUCACAGGGGACCAGCAGGGCUUAAAAUAAGGUGUGACAGGUGCUACUGGCCUCUUCACCACCGAGGCAGCUCCUGGCUCC